CCGAUCGCUCGGCAGCUGCAGUUCCGGCUGUGGGGGAAGGGAGCCUAGGUCGGUGUAGCCACAGGGAGCGUGUGGUGCUGAGUCUGCGGGCUGGGGGCUGCUGGUGCGCGGGCAGCGCUGCGCAGUGGUAUUCUGUGCUCAUGGACGUGCCCCUCCGGGAGGCACGCCCAGAAGACAGUGCUGGGCAGGCCCCGACCGACGGCUCGACCCCUCACAGAGAGGAUCUCAGCAACAAGAUUAAAGAACAAAAAAUUGUUGUGGAUGAACUUUCUAACCUGAAGAAGAACAGGAAAGUAUAUAAGCAGCAACAGAACAGCAACAUUUUCUUUCUGGCUGACCGAACAGAAAUGCUUUCUGAAAGCAAAAAUAUAUUGGAUGAGCUAAGAAAAGAAUACCAAGAAAUAGAAAACUCAGAGAAGACCAAAAUCAAGAAAUAGUCAACCUGACUUCACAUAACAAUGUGUGGCAUUUGUUGUUCU